GCUUCGUCCACUGGAAUAUGAUCCAGGAUUAAUUCCUGAGACAUCGAUCAGAUCAGAGAUCUUAGGAGUACAUGCCAGGGGGAGAAGGAAUUCUACGACUGAUUGAGCCAACAAAUCCUAGCUAGAAAACUAUUAUUUGCUUCAUUAUCAAUCACACAGUUUUACUUUGACACAACAAUAAGAACAUCAAAAACUUCAAAGGAAAAGUAAGAGUAAAAGUUUAAUACAUGAUUUAGGGCUAAACUUCCAAUGUAUAACUCAUAAGAUUAUGAUAAAGAAAACAUAAUUAAGAAUAACUUUCUGACAUUUUGAGAACUGUUUAUGUAUUCUAAAUUAAGUUUUGAUAUUAUGGCCACUAACAAAAAAAAGUAUUUCAAAAAUUGUGACGAAAAAACAUAAAUAUCUCUUUUCUUAUACUAUAUCCUAAACGCUAAAUAAUUUAUAAACACAAAUUUUUUUACAAUAUUUAAUAUUCAUAUAACAAAAUCAGUGGAAAUAUAUAAUAGCAACUAUCCGCGCGUAGCGCGGAAAAGGGUCUAGUUCAUAUAAAGUCAAAGAAAAAACAAUCAAUUAUUUAAAAAAAAAAACAACCCAUUUGCUCUUUUCAGGCGGAUAUCAUAUUGUAGUACAAAAUAAAAAUUUAAAUAUCCAAAAAUAUUAUUACCUAGGUCCUAAACCAAUACUCUGCACGAACGUUGUGAAGCCGCGUCGAGUCAAGAAACCACUAUAAAGAGUUCACUCAGCCACAUUCACAUAACAAAACAAAAGCAUAUACCUACUCCAGAAAAUAAAAGUAAAGUUCUAAAGUUGUCUCCACGUAAUUCUCUGCUAAGGCAAAUGGAAGAUUCAAGCUUCACGGAUUUGAUGAUCGACACUGAUGAGUAUUUCGUUGAUGAUUGGGAACAAGAUUUCCCGGUGAUACCCGGAGACACUACUGAUCAUCAGAGCACAAAACCGGGUUCUGGAUCCGAAUCCGGAUCCGGGUUCAGUUUGAUUUCCGAGAACAGACCAACAAAGCAAAUGAAAGUCAACUCAACUUCUUCCUCUUCUCCAUCAUCAUCUUCUUCUUCUUGUGAUUCUCUCACAGCAGCACAAGUGAUCUCGUUCGGUUCUCAAGACCCGAACAUGAACGUGGUCGAGGCAUCGUUUAACUUCUCUAACCAAGCAAACAUUGAACCGAACGUGAGGUCCAAAAGAAAAGAGUGUGGUAAUAAUGGAGGAAAAAGAGAGCCACAUCUACUGAAAGAACAUGUUUUGGCUGAACGUAAACGCAGACAAAAGCUCAACGAACGUUUGAUUGCUCUCUCUGCUCUUCUUCCUGGCCUCAAAAAGGCUGACAAGGCAAGUGUUCUUGAAGACGCGAUCAAACAUUUGAAACAACUUCAAGAACGUGUCAAGAAGCUGGAGGAAGAGCGAGUGGGAACCAAGAAAAUGGAUCAAUCGGUUAUAUUGGUGAAGAGAUCUCAAGUGUAUAUGGACGAUGAUUCUUCAUCUUAUUCUUCUACUUGCUCUGCUGCUGCUUCUCCUCUGUCUUCUUCUUUAGACGAAGUUUCUAUUCUGAAACAGACCAUGCCUAUGAUCGAAGCACGAGUUUCAGACCGAGAUUUGCUGAUUCGAAUUCGUUGUGAGAAGAACAAAGGGUGUUUGGUUAAGAUCUUGAGUUCAUUGGAGAAGUUUCGUCUAGAAGUAGUCAAUAGUUUUACUUUACCCUUUGGAAACUCAACUCUCGUAAUCACCAUUCUCUCUAAGAUGGACAACAAAUUUUCUCGGCCUAUUGAAGAUGUUGUGAAGAACAUAAGACUUGCGUUAGCGGAAUAGUAUUUUUCAUAACCAUUAUGUGAAUUUCGCAGCGACUAAAACGUGUGAUUUGAUCUCCAAAGUCAAUCAGAAUACUUGUUUUCCUUUUUUUAAUCAGUAGUUGGAUAAUAAAAGCAGAGGAAUGCAUGUGAUAUGGGAUGUGUUUGAGUGUAAUAGCUGGAUUUAGUGGGUGUGUGUGUGUGUAAUGAUGGCUGUAUCAUUGGUUUGAUUUUUUUCCAAUAUCAAUGGUUUGAAUUAAUAAUGAAGAUCCGUGAGUUUUUAAUUGGUUUUA